AAAAUAACUGUGACCUCUCUCUUUGAACAUAUAAUUAUUAAGCAAAACUAGAGCUUAAAGGAUAAGAAAUCAAUGGCCAAGUGGGAAGGAAAGGCUUGUGCAGAGAUCAAAGGCGCCAAGGCAGAGCAAAUUUGGCCAUUUUUAGAAGAUUUCUUUGGCUUAAACAAGUGGUUUCCAACUCUCGCCACUUGUAUUCCUAUUGAAGGCAUAUCUGGUGAACCAGGAUGUGUCCGUUACUGUGCUGGUUUUAAAACACCAGUUAAUAAUGAUGAUAAGGUAAUGAAUUGGACAAAGCAGAAACUGUUAUCUAUUGAUCGAAAAGAAAUGGUUUUUAGUUAUAGUAUUGUAGAUGGGAACGUAGGGUUUAAUGGGUAUGUUUCAACUGUAAAAGUGUAUCCAAAAGAAGGUGGUUGUGAAAUAGAGUGGAAAUAUGAAGUUGAGCCUGUACAAGGUUGGAGACUUGAAGAUUUGGAUUUUUUUAUUGGAUCUGGUUUGCAAGUUAUGGCCAAGAGAAUGGCAGAUGCUGUCCAUGCUUGAGGGAUCCGUACUUAUCAUGGUUUUUAACACAGCAGUUAUUAUUAUUAUUAUUAUUAUUAUUAUUGUUGUUGUUGUUGUUGUUAUUCGGGUGGUGGUAUUUCUAGGAUCUCUUUUGUAGUUUUAGAAAAUGGAAUGCUUAGUGAACUGUAAAGAACAUAUAUAUUAAUGUUUGAUUAGUAUUUUUCUAUUUGAA